AUGCCCCAAGUCGUGGGUCAGCUCCCACCUGCGGGGAAGCCCCCAGCAGCGGGUAAGCGACCACGUGGGAGGAAGGCCCCAGCUGUGGGCAAGCGGCCACGUGGGGGGAAGCCCCCAACCGUGGGUCAGCUCCCACCUCAGGGGGUGCCUCCCAUUGUGGUUCAGCUCACUCCUGAGGGGCUGUUCACUGUUUUGGGACAUCUCCAACCUGGGGGGCAGCAGUUACCCCUGCUCUUGCUCCUACCCGGGGGCAUGAAGCCGGGUAUGCCUCCCCCCAAUGCCCCUGCCCACUGCUGGGAUCAUCCCCCGGUGGCAGGGACCAUGCAGCCCCAGCAGCCGAUGGGGCAGCAGCCCGGGGCCGCGUUGCGUGGGCAGCCCCCGCAGCCCGCAGGCAGCUGCCCGCUGCAGGCUGCCAGCCAGCCCGGCCCCUCCACUGUCCUCCAAGGACCUCCGGUGCAGCAGCGGGUGCGCCUCGUGCCCGGCACCCUGCCCACCAUCUUAGAGCAGCCCGAGGAGCCGGAGGACCAGGGGCCGCCAGCACCCAUUGGCGUGUGCCCCCAUCCCAACGCGGCUCCGCUCAGCUGCAGCAUCGCAGCGCUGGAAUCAGCUGCAGCGACAACCAGCUCCGACAUCCCGGAGGACAUCACCGACAUCGGUGACCUCCUGGCUUGGAUGAACAGCGAUUUUCUUCCUCUUCCAGAAGUGGCACCCAAAGAGGUCCCGGACAACAUCCCGGGCAUGGAUGAGGACGCGGCCGAGUGCCCAGCCCCUGCCUGCACCCCCAGCGGGCACCAGCAGAGCGCUGGCAGCAUCCGAGCCACCAAGAGGAAGCUGCCGCAGAGCCAGGAUGCUCCAGAACAAAAGCGCUCGCGCUAG